GUUGCCAAGCUAUUCAUCGAUUGACUGUGAACAUGAUGUGUUGUCGUGCGUUCGUUUGCAGAUGUCUGAGGAGUGGAAGGACGGCAUCAUGGGUCCCACUCAUCACCACUAUUGUUACUCUGGCUUUCGGCUUUCUCAGCAUUUCAGGACGUACUCACAUGCAACCAUACUCCGUAUUUGCUUUGUCCUUUUCCUCUUUGCGGUUCUCAGGUGCCAGCUAGUCCAGAUCCAACCUAUUGGCAUAACAAAUCUCCAAUCGCUGCAACUCGGCUAUUUUAGCUACAACCGUGGCAAUCUUGCGCUACUAGGCUUACCUACCGAUACUAACGAUUUAAUUGGUGGAUGUACGAGGUACCCGAGCGGUCUACUGAACCCUCGGGAAACAAUGGCUGGGGGCUUUCACUUGUCCAGUAUGGGCUUCUCUUCCAUUUUUGGCUUGGUUUUGCUGCUUUGCGCAAAUAAAGGCUAUUCGCGUUUAGUGUAUCAAGCUGUCGGGGCUGGAUUUGUCUUGCUCAGUUUCUGUUUUCAAGGAAUGGCGUUUCUGGCUAUUAAACCCUUUUGCGAUAGCAAUCGGUUCGACAACAGGUACCGACUGGGAGAACUGUACCAAGAUGACUGCAGUCUUGGAGUGACGGGAAUUUACACCUUAUUUUCGAUGCUGGGAUGCUUGGUCACUGCGUAUUGUUGUCUUUUAUUGAGCAGGCAAGCUCCACAAACGAGAACGCAACAAAAAGGUCCGAACGAGACAGAACUGCGUCCAACGCUGGAAGUGAACAUGGGCGUGGACGGGGAACAAAUUUCACGAGACACAAAUACGGAUGAUGGUGCCUCAUUUUUCCGUGAUUCAUUGGGGGUUGAGCAGUCAUCGCCUCGAGAUGGAAGCGGCCCACGCAAUGAUAUGGAGGAAUCGCGUACCAUUGAGCCCACGGCCGUUGCUGAUCAAGAAGUUCCGAGCGACGGUCUUGGAAUGGUUUCUUUGUCUCAAGAAGCUUCAAAUUAUCGAGCAACACCUUCGAACGAGAGGAUAGCACUCGCCACCAACCCUGCCGAGCCCCAAUCAGCUGCCUGGAUUUUGCCGGUUUUGUCGGUCUCCGCCGCCACUCGGCCAAAACUUACGAAGCACGGUCGCGUUCCGGCCUCUGAAAGAGUAAUAUCCAACCCUGAUUCCUUUCGCUUUGUAUGA